CCUAUAAAAGAAAAUGUUGUUGACGCAGGUCUCUUAGUCUGCUCUAAGAUUCAGGUACUCGGGGUGGGGGUUGACUGAGAACAUCAACUAUGUGUGACGACGAGGAAGCGACGGCUCUUGUCUGCGACAAUGGCUCGGGCAUGGUCAAGGCCGGCUUCGCCGGUGACGACGCUCCCCGCGCCGUCUUCCCCUCCAUCGUCGGCCGAGCUCGUCAUCAGGGUGUGAUGGUCGGUAUGGGUCAGAAGGACGCCUACGUCGGUGAUGAGGCCCAGAGCAAGAGAGGUAUCCUGACUCUCAAGUACCCCAUCGAGCACGGCAUCAUCACCAACUGGGACGACAUGGAGAAGAUCUGGUAUCACACCUUCUACAAUGAGCUCCGUAUCGCCCCUGAAGAGUGCCCAACAAUGUUGACUGAAGCUCCCCUCAACCCCAAGGCCAACCGUGAGAAGAUGACACAGAUCAUGUUUGAGUCCUUUAACCUGCCCGCCACUUACGUUACCAUCCAGGCUGUGCUGUCCCUGUACGCCUCUGGUCGUACCACAGGUCUGGUGUGCGACUCUGGUGAUGGUGUCUCUCACAUGGUCCCCGUCUAUGAAGGUUUCGCCCUUCCUCAUGCCAUCCUUCGUCUUGACCUUGCUGGUCGUGAUUUAACUGCAUACAUGAUGAAAAUUUUAACCGAACGUGGCUAUUCCUUCACCACCACCGCUGAGCGUGAGAUUGUCCGCGACAUCAAAGAAAAACUUUGCUACAUUGCCCUCGACUUCGAAAAUGAGAUGAAUGUUGCUGCAGCAUCUACUUCACUGGACAAGUCCUACGAGCUCCCCGACGGUCAGGUCAUCACCAUCGGCAACGAGCGUUUCCGUGCUCCUGAAGCUCUCUUCCAGCCUUCCUUCCUGGGUAUGGAAUCUGCUGGUGUUCACGAGACCGUCCACAGCUCCAUCAUGAGGUGCGAUAUUGACAUCAGGAAGGAUCUCUUCGCUAACAUUGUCAUGUCUGGUGGUACCACCAUGUACCCUGGUAUUGCUGACCGCAUGCAGAAGGAAAUCACCAACUUGGCUCCCUCCUCCAUCAAGAUCAAGAUCAUUGCUCCUCCCGAGCGUAAGUACUCCGUCUGGAUCGGUGGCUCCAUCCUGGCCUCUUUGUCCACCUUCCAGUCCAUGUGGAUCACCAAGGAGGAGUACGACGAGUCCGGCCCAGGCAUCGUCCACCGUAAAUGCUUCUAAUUUAUAGUUUUAAAUUGAAAUUGAUGUAUGUCAGCUGAAAUAAAGAUAACUUUAACAAAA